AUGAAGCUGGAAUGGACUGAAAGUGAGUCCGAUUAUGGACUAGAAGAAGCUGCAUUCUACGAAGCACCGGCUAAUUUAGCUCCUCCACCACGAAAACAUGUUUCAUUCAGCUUACGACUUGAUCUGUGCGAUGAAGGCGGCGGCGCUUCAGAGAAUAUUAAGACAGAGCCUCCAGAGCCUGAAGAACCUCGAGCCAUGCAGAAGGUGCCUUCACUCUCCGACCUCACAGACCCUGAGGCAUCACUCGACAUCCCGUCACAGGUGCCGCCGCUCACGCCCGGCACCAACAAGAAGAUGGCUGAGGCCUUGAAAGCCACCUUCGCCUCCUGGGAGAAGGAACAGUUACGCCUCGGGGUGCCCAAAGACCCUCGUCAAUGGAGUGAGGCGGCUGUCACUGCGUGGCUUCGUUGGGCGGCUCGUGAAUUCUCCCUGGAAGGCGUUGCUCUACAGCAAUUCGCGCGUGCUCAGGGCAAGGAUAUAUGCGCGAUGGGAAGGGAAGAAUUCGUCGCCAGAGCACCCGCUUUCAUGGGCGAUAUACUUUGGGAACAUCUGGAGAUUCUACAAAAAGAUGUGGAGAAAGAACGCUCCCUACUGGCGAACGUACCUCCAAAUAUGUAUGAAAGCAACGUCUGUCUGCCGGAAUUAUCUGACUACAUCCCGCCUCCCGCGCACCACUACAACAAUAACAACAAUAAUACAGGCGGCUACACGACCGGAGGGCCUCGCGAAACGAGCACCUACUACACGGAGGCCGGCGGGGGCGCAGCACCCCUCGCGCCCCCCGCCACCUCCCCCCUCGACGAGUACUACCAGCCGGAGUACCCGCCGGCGCCUGCGCAGCCCUACCUCGAGGACUACUAUCACCACGCGCACGCACACACACAGCCGAUACUCACACACGAACACAAAUAUCAGCCGCAUUCAUACACCAAGCCUUAUCCCAGAACCGCCGGUCGGUACGGAGGCGAGGUGUAUGGUGAGGGAUACUCCACGGAGUACGGUGGCUGCGCUGAAUGGGCUGAGUGGCCAGAACAACACGCGCUGCCCCAGGACAAGCUGCCCUACCCCGCCGCCGGACCUUGCUUCACUGGUUCAGGGCCGAUCCAGUUGUGGCAGUUCUUGCUGGAGCUCCUCACUGACAAGAGCUGUCAGGGGUUCAUCUCGUGGACCGGGGAUGGAUGGGAGUUUAAACUCACUGACCCUGAUGAGGUGGCUCGUCGCUGGGGCAUCCGCAAGAACAAGCCCAAGAUGAACUACGAGAAGUUAUCCCGCGGCCUAAGAUACUACUACGACAAGAACAUCAUACACAAGACGGCCGGCAAGCGCUACGUAUACCGCUUCGUCUGCGAUCUGCAGAACUUACUCGGCAUCUCCCCGGAGCAGCUGCACGCGAUGUACGAGCCUAAAACUGAGAAGAAGGACGACGACUGA